UUUUCAACAAGGAUCUUCAUAUUCUGGUUAUGGACAAUAUAUAGGAGGCCAACAAAGUGGGGGAAUGCCUGAUGGAAGUUAUUUAAAUUAUUUACAGAAACAAAUAAAUACAUAUCCAGUAAUGAUAUAUACUUUGGCUGAUUGUAUUCCCUGUCAAAGAGCAAAACAUUUACUUGCAAUUCAUUACCCAGAUGUUAGAGCCCAUUAUUUAGAACUUUCUGGUAAUGAAGUUUGGCAACAACAAUUACAAAUUCAAUUACAAUAUUUAACUGGAGCAAUUACUUUUCCCUAUAUUUUUGUUUGUGGACAAUAUAUUGGUGGAGGCACAGAACUUUUUGAAUUACACGAAUCUGGACAAUUAAGGCGAUUAAUUAAUUUAUGUUUACAAAAACAAACGAAGAAAUAA